GCAGGGGAGGGGCGGGCGCCCGAAUAUGCAGAUGAGCGCGUGACGGACAGCUCCGCGUUCCAAUGUCCCUCGGAAACUCGAGCGCUCCUUCCUCAACUCCUCACUCCCGGCUCCAGACUCCCCCAAACCCCGACCGCCGGCCUGGCGCGCGGCUGCGCCCACCGGCUCCGCGCCGCCGCCGCCGCCGCCGCCGCUGCCGCCGCUGCCGCCUCGCGGUCCCCCCGGCUCGCGGGACGCCCAGGCUAGUGCCCGGGCGGGCCAGCCUCCGCCCGCGGCCCGGGUGCCCGCCGCCGCGCCGCCGCGCCCCGGCCGGGCGUGGAUGGAGGGCGCCGCGCGCCCUGCCCGCUGCUCGGCGUGACGCGGGCCCCGCGCCCCGCGCCCACCAUGUCCUAUCCACAGGGCUACCUGUACCAAGCGCCCGGCUCGCUGGCGCUCUACUCGUGCCCGGCGUACGGCGCGUCCGCGCUGGCCGCGCCGCGCAGCGAGGAGCUGGCGCGCUCGGCGUCCGGCUCGGCUUUCAGCCCGUACCCGGGCUCGGCGGCCUUCACGGCGCAGGCGGCCACCGGCUUCGGCAGCCCGCUGCAGUACUCGGCUGACGCGGCGGCCGCCGCCGGCUUCCCGUCCUACAUGGGUGCGCCCUACGACGCACACACGACCGGAAUGACCGGCGCCAUUAGCUACCACCCGUACGGCAGCGCGGCCUACCCGUACCAGCUCAACGACCCCGCGUACCGCAAGAACGCCACGCGGGACGCCACGGCCACGCUCAAGGCCUGGCUCAAUGAGCACCGCAAGAACCCCUACCCCACCAAGGGCGAGAAGAUCAUGCUGGCCAUCAUCACCAAGAUGACCCUCACGCAGGUCUCCACCUGGUUCGCCAACGCGCGCCGGCGGCUCAAGAAGGAGAACAAGAUGACGUGGGCGCCGCGGAACAAAAGCGAGGACGAGGACGAGGACGAGGGCGACGCGGCAAGGGCCAAGGAGGAGAGUCCCGACAAAGCUCAGGAGGGCACGGAGACCUCGGCGGAGGACGAAGGGAUCAGCCUGCACGUGGAUUCGCUCACGGAUCACUCCUGCUCGGCCGAGUCGGACGGGGAGAAGCUGCCGUGCCGCGCCGGGGACCCCCUAUGCGAAUCGGGCUCUGAGUGCAAGGACAAGUACGACGACCUGGAGGAGGAUGAGGACGACGAGGAGGAGGGCGUGCGGGACCUGGCGCUGCCCAAGCCCGUGACUUCGUCGCCGCUCACCGGCGUGGAGGCGCCGCUGCUGAGCCCCCCGCCAGAGGCCGCACCCCGCGGCGGCGGCGGCGGCGGAGGCAAGCCGCCCCUGGGCAGCCGGACGUCGCCUGGCGCGCAGCCGCAGGCCAGCAAGCCCAAGCUGUGGUCGCUGGCCGAGAUCGCCACGUCGGACCUCAAGCAGCCGAGCCUGGGCCCGGGCUGCGGGCCGCCGGGGAUCCCCGCGGCCGCUGCGCCCGCUCCGUCCGGGGCGCCGCCGGGCGGCUCGCCCUACCCCGCCUCGCCGCUGCUCGGCCGCCACCUGUACUACACGGCGCCCUUCUACGGCAGCUACACAAACUACGGGAACUUGAACGCCGCGCUGCAGGGCCAGGGGCUGCUGCGCUACAACUCGGCGGCCGCCGCCCCCGGCGAGGCGCUGCACGCCGCACCCAAGGCCGCCAGCGACGCGGGAAAGGCGGGCGCGCACCCGCUAGAGCCCCACUACCGGCCCCCGGGCGGCGGCUAUGAGCCCAAGAAAGAUGCCAGCGAGGGCUGCACCGUGGCUGGCGGCGGCGUCCAGCCCUACCUAUAGAAGGCUGCACGGCGACGCACGUAAGUGGGCGCCCGCGCUCCCGCACGCCGGCUCCGUGCGUGACUCGCUCGUCCUGUCCCGGGGUUGAGGGUGGAGUGGCCCGCUGGGGUCUUCUUUCCCGGCAAAGGGGGGGCCCUCUGCUCUGGAUCCCCGUUUUCCUUCUCGCCAGCUGCUCUUUGAAGAAGCACUCAGAGCUGGACUGUCCCUGUGUCGCGAUUGCGCACCGCCCCGGUUCUCUGCUUGAGACAAAAGUCGUAGACGCUCAGUCUGGGCGCGUGCGCGCGGUGCGGAGCCGCUGUCACCGCGGACACCUGCUUCCACGCGGCGGUGUUGCAGAGGGAGCUGCAGGCGCGGCCCGGAGCCGGCUAGAGCCGCAGCAGCCGGGCCUGCGGGCGUCAGAGGCCACGGUCCUCCACCACUAGGCACAGUCACCAGUCACAGAGCCAGCAGCCAGGAACGCGGUGCGAGCCGUCAAGUGACUCGUUCUGGUAGUGCGAUGGUGUUGGUGCGCCACGGAAGGAUUUGGGAUGAUUUGGUUUUUUCCUUGGUCCACAGGUAGGUGUCACAAUUGCUUUGGAAACAAAAAAUAAUAAAGUCAGCAGGCGGUUUUCUCUUGCCGAACUCGUAAAGCCACAGCUGCGAAGCCCAGAUCUCUCGGGUCAGACCGAUCUCGCUCGCGCCGCUGUGAGCGAGCAGAGCCCCCGGGACUGUGUUGUGGGACGUGCGUAACGUGUUGGCGUAGUGUAGCUUCCAGAUGUACGUGUGACUUUCGGGAACAGUCUGUUUUUCUCAGGACCCCUCGCAUCGAUUGCUUCAUCGCCACGGUGUAUAUUCUGUAGCUGUGCUAGGAUGGACUGGGAGAGUUCUUUGUAAAAGAUGUACACAGUAGGAAUACCACGUGAUUGAAGACGUUGAGUACUGCAAGAAGUGGAAACAAAUUUGAUAUUUAUUUUUAUAAUGAUAUAAAGCUUCUAGUAAUUUAUGCAAGUUGUAUUGCAAUGGAAUCUAAACUUUUUUUGUAAAUAAAUUCUGCCUGGUUUUUAUUUGGACAUUGCUGGUUAUACAAUCUUUGUUGGUUGUUUAACACGGAUUCUUUACUAAUUUAUAUCUCAAAUUGUAAAUAAAAGCAGCCUAGUCUACAAUG